AUGGAACAUAUAUAUCAAUAUUCAUGGAUGAUCCCUUUCAUUCCACUUCCAGUUCCGAUUUUACUAGGAAUGGGACUUCUACUUUUUCCGACGGCAACAAAAAAUCUUCGCCGUAUGUGGGCUUUUCUUAGUAUUUUUUUGUUAAGUAUAGUUAUGAUCUUUUCGAUCGAUCUCUCUAUUCAACAAAUAACUGGAAGUUCCGCCUAUCAAUAUGUAUGGUCUUGGACCAUAAAUAAUGAAUUUUCUUUCGAGUUUGGCAACUUGAUUGAUCCACUUACUUCUAUUAUGUCAAUAUUAAUCACUACUGUUGGAAUUUUGGUUCUUAUUUAUAGUGACAGUUAUAUGUCUCAUGAUCAAGGGUAUUUGAGAUUUUUUGCUUAUAUGAGUUUUUUCAAUACUUCAAUGUUGGGAUUAGUUACUAGUUCUAAUUUGAUACAAGUUUAUAUUUUUUGGGAAUUAGUCGGAAUGUGUUCUUAUUUAUUAAUAGGUUUUUGGUUCACACGACCUAUUGCAGCAAAUGCUUGUCAAAAAGCCUUUGUAACUAAUCGUGUAGGGGAUUUUGGUUUAUUAUUAGGAAUCUUAGGUCUUUAUUGGAUAACGGGUAGUUUCGAAUUUCAGGAUUUGUUCGAAAUAUUCAAUAACUUGAUUUAUAAUAAUCAGGUUCAUUUUUUAUUCGUUACUUUGUGUGCUUUUCUAUUAUUUGCGGGCCCAGUUGCUAAAUCCGCCCAAUUCCCUCUUCAUGUAUGGUUACCUGAUGCGAUGGAAGGUCCUACUCCUAUUUCGGCUCUUAUACAUGCUGCUACUAUGGUAGCGGCAGGAAUUUUUCUUGUAGCUCGGCUUCUUCCUCUUUUCAUAGGCAUACCUUACAUAAUGUAUCUAAUUUCUUUGAUAGGUAUAAUAACAGUAUUAUUAGGAGCUACUUUAGCUCUUGCUCAAAAAGAUAUUAAGAGAGGGUUAGCCUAUUCUACAAUGUCUCAAUUGGGUUAUAUGAUGUUAGCUCUAGGUAUGGGCUCUUAUCGAGCCGCUUUAUUUCAUUUGAUUACUCAUGCUUAUUCAAAAGCAUUGUUGUUUUUAGGAUCCGGAUCAAUUAUUCAUUCAAUGGAAGCUGUUGUUGGAUAUUCUCCAGUUAAAAGCCAGAAUAUGGUUCUUAUGGGUGGUUUAACAAAGCAUGUACCAAUUACAAAAACCACUUUUUUAUUAGGUACGCUUUCCCUUUGUGGUAUUCCGCCCCUUGCUUGUUUUUGGUCCAAAGAUGAAAUUCUCAAUGAUAGUUGGUUGUAUUCACCAAUUUUUGCAGUAAUAGCUUGUUCCACGGCCGGAUUAACCGCCUUUUAUAUGUUUCGGAUCUAUUUACUUACUUUUGAUGGGCAUUUAAACAUUCAUUUUCAAAAUUACAGUGGCAAAAAAAGUAGCUCUUUCUAUUCAAUAUCUAUAUGGGGUAAAGAAGAAGCAAAACCAAUUAACAGAAAUUUUUGUUUAGUACCUUUAUUAACAAUGAAUAACAACGAAAGAGCUACUUUUUUUUGGAAGAAGGCAUAUCAAAUUGGUAGUAAUGUAAGAAAUAGAACUUUUCUUUCUAUUCCUCAUUUUGCCGUUAAAACAACUUUCUCUUAUCCCCAUGAAUCGGACAAUACUAUCCUAUUUCCGAUGCUUAUAUUGGUUCUAUUUACUUUGUUUGUUGGAGCCAUAGGAAUUCCUUUCAAUCAAGAAGGAAUAGAUUUUGAUAUAUUAUCAAAAUUGUUAACUCCGUCUAUAAACCUUUUACAUCAAAAUUCAAAUGAUUUUGUAGAUUGGUAUGAAUUUUUUAAAAAUGCAACCUUUUCAGUCAGUAUAGCUUUUUUCGGAAUAUUUAUAGCAUUUUUUUUAUAUAAGCCUGCUUAUUCAUCUUUACAGAAUUUAAACUUACUUAAUUCAUUUGCAAAAAGGGGUCCUAAGAGAAUUCUGUGGGACAAAAUAAUCAAUUUUAUAUAUGAUUGGUCGUAUAAUCGUGGUUACAUAGAUACUUUUUAUACAAUAUCUUUAACUGGGGGUAUAAGAGGAUUAGCGGAACUAACUCAUUUUUUUGAUAGACGAGUAAUUGAUGGAAUUACAAAUGGGGUAGGUAUUACGAGUUUCUUUAUAGGAGAAGGCAUAAAAUAUGUCGGGGGAAGUCGCAUCUCUUCUUAUCUAUUAUUGUAUUUGUUCUAUGUAUUAAUUUUUUUAUUUAUUUACUACUUUUUAAAUUUAUUGAAUUUCUUCUAA